UCGUAGAGAUAAUCGUCAGAAAGAUCUUGACCAUCUUGGAAUAAUGUUUUGAGGUUAGAAAAUUAAAUGAAGAAAUCAUGAGCAGUAAUAUAUUGUCAAAUUUGUUACGUGCAAGAAAAAUAUACAAAACAUUUAUUUCUCAUAACAAUAGAUCUAUUACUUAUUCUUUAUUAAAACAAACAAGAUGUUACUCAGAUAUUAAUCCAAAUACAUUGUCUAAGGAAGAACCUGUGAAUGAGGAUGAAAAUAAUCUUGCAGAAAAGAUUAGCUCAAGAUAUAAAUUAUUUCAGGACAAAGAUUCUAAAGUUAUUUUGGAUGUAGAUGAAGAACGAGAAAGAAUGCUUUUAGAUGAUUUACGUAGAGAAGAGGAACAUCAUGAUCCUUACGAAGGAUUGAAUUUAACACGUGGUAUAAAUGGAGUGUAUGAAAUAGAAGAUCUCAUAGCUGUUCUUCAAAAGGAUAAUGCAAGGAAUAUCUUUGUUGCAUCUGUACCAAAAGAAUAUAACUAUGUUGAUUACUUUGUAGUAGUAACAGGUAAAUCCAAAAAGCAUAUGACUGCUUUAGCUGAAUAUGUACGUAAAAUAUUUAAACUGAAAAGGCAUAAAACCGAUAUCAUCCCAAAAAUUGAAGGAGCAAAUUCAAAUGAAUGGAUAGCUUUAGAUUUAGGAAACAUUGCGUUACACAUAUUCUCAUCCGAGGCUAGAGAACGAUUUGAUUUAGAACUGUUAUGGUCUGUUGGUUCACAGUAUGAUGAACUAACAAAUACACCUCAACACGUGGAUAUUAUGGAUCGAUAUAACACUUUCCUAAAUACAUUUCAACCAGAAAAUCCAGAAUUUUCAGAAAAUCCAGAAAUCCCCAACAAUCCAUAGAAAUAUAUACAUUUUUAUGUGGAAUUUGUUAGGAUAGUCUAUAAUGUUUGCGUAACUUACAUUAAGACUGAAAUAAAUUCUGUGAAUUACAACAAAUUAGUAUUAUUAUUAAUGUUAUCAUAAUUAUCCUAAUUAAGAUAUACAUGGAUUACUACAAGUGUGGACAUUUUGAAAAAUAUCUGAGGUUUACAUUUCUGAGUCCCUCCUGGUAAGAUUUGAUAAGAAUAUAAGAUUUUUGUUUUAAAUUAUUAAGUAUACUUCUAACAAACAAAAUAAAAAACAAUUUUAUUUUAUUUUAUAGAUUUUACUAUAACCCUAUUGUCUUUGCAUCUCUCUCUUUCCUUCAGAUAUUAUAAUUUCUUUUAAAUUUAUUUUAACCAAUUAAAAUCUGCGCGUGCGCGUAUCAAUAUCUAUACAUAUAUAUAUACGUAGUACAUAUUUGUUCUUUAUCCUUCCAUUUUUAUUUCUUUCUUAUCACCCCUCUCUAAUUUUUGGACUAUCAACACACAUACUAUCUCUCUUUCUCUUUCUCCCUCUUACAAUAAACUAUUAAAAGCAAUUCGUUGUCUUAGCAACGCCGAUAUCUAAGAAUCCUUUAUCAUUACUUGAUAGAACAGACAUUUAUUGAACUAUCUGUUCAGUUUGACGUGUGAUGACUAAUCAAACACAUUACAUACCGAAAUCCAUGUAUUUUUGAGUAAUUCUUUACCAAUUAAAUACACAUAUACAUAUAUGCAUAAUUAUACAACUCGUGUGUGUGUGUGUCAAACUUCUUACAUUCUGUAUCUGUACGAUCGGCAUCAUUUUUUAUUUCACUCUUAUGUGUGCAUAUAUUAAUAAAACUUAUAUU